CCUGCCUGCCCAAUGCAUUGUCAUUCACUUGAUAUCCAAAUUCUCAUCGGUCUUAUCGAACAAUAAUUUCACUCAAAUCCGUUAAAACCCACAAAAACCAAUUUCUUCCUUCAAUCAGGCGCCAAAUAAUUUCCCGAAUCACGCCAUUUUUCAAAUCGAUAAGAAAAAGGGAAGAAACAUAAAUCCGGCGAAAAGUAAGAUGUUGAAAUCAUCAUGCACUGUACUAACCGAUAAUGUUCAAUCUUUUACUCAAUGCACUUUCUGGGCUUCAUCUAAAACUUUCCCAAUUUCUAAUCGUCCUCAAAACGUUUCGAUUGGUUUCUCCUCUUCAUCGAAACGCCCUGAUCGAUCUCUAUCAGUUUCUACUACUACUGAUAAUGGAGUUACUGAUAUUGGGUCGGGUUCAAUUGGGUUGGCGGACCGGCUCCGGUUGGGUAGCUUGACUGAAGAUGGGUUGUCUUAUAAGGAGAGCUUUAUUGUGAGGAGUUAUGAAGUUGGGAUUAACAAAACUGCUACUGUUGAAACCAUUGCUAAUCUCUUACAGGAAGUAGGUUGCAACCAUGCUCAGAGUGUUGGAUUCUCAACUGAUGGAUUUGCUACAACCCCAACCAUGAGAAAGCUUCAUCUGAUAUGGGUUACUGCACGCAUGCACAUUGAGAUUUACCGAUACCCAGCUUGGAGUGAUGUGGUUGAGAUCGAGACAUGGUGCCAGGCAGAAGGAAAGAUUGGGACACGACGUGAUUUCAUUAUUAAAGACUAUGCAAAUGGUGAAGUUAUUGGAAGAGCUACAAGUAAAUGGGUGAUGAUGAACAUGGAUACCAGAAAGUUGGAGAGAGUUACUCCUCAAAUAGCUGAUGAAUAUUUGAUUUAUUGUCCGAAAAAACUCCGAUUAGCAUUUCCUGAGGAAAACAAUAAGAGUCUGAAGAAAAUAUCGAAGCUGGUUGAUCCCGCUCAAUAUUCAAAACUAGGGCUAACGCCUAGAAGAGGUGAUUUGGACAUGAAUCACCAUGUAAAUAACGUCACAUACAUCGGAUGGCUUCUCGAGAGUGUAUCGCAAGAACUCAUCGACACCCAUGAGUUGCGAAGCAUUACCUUAGACUACAGGCGAGAGUGCCAGCACGAUGAUAUUGUAGAUUCCCUCACAAGUCCGGAAUCUGUCAAUGAUGCUGCACCCAUCUCACAGCUGCAUGGAACAAAUGGGGCACCAGCAUCAGCUGGAGACGAAGACGAUAGUGUUCAAUAUUUGCAUCUAUUGAGAUUAUCCACUGAUGGAUCGGAAAUAAACCGCGGACGCACCGAGUGGAGAAAGAAGCCUCAGAGACACUAACGACGAAGUCUUCCCUUGUUUCUCUGAUGUUAUUCGUAUGCUUAUAUACACUAGUGAUUGAGGUUGAUUCACAUCCAAUAUUUUUUGUUCGUUGCACAAAUGGUAGAUUAGAUGAAGAACAUCGGCCCUUUUGGUCUAUAUUGAAUUUGUAUGUAGCACUCAGUGCAAAUCUACUGUUGUAAUCAAUGUUAUUUGGACUCGACCGGUGAUGCUGGA